AUGGAGCUGGGUCCAGGAGAACGUCUGGUGCUGCGUGCGCUGGUCGUCCUUGUGAAGUACCCCGCCGGCGUCGCAUUCGCUGCGUACCUCCUCAACCGCUACGGUGGCUGGUCCAUUCCUUCGUGGGCCGUAUGUCUAUCGGCACUCGGAACCAUUCCUCUUGUCAUCUUUGUGGCAGUCCGGAUCAGACACUGGAGGAUCUACAAUGCGGCGGCUCGCAGGGGCGCCAUCAUCGCGCCUACGUGGUCGGGUAAGUGGCCCGGGAACCUCGACAUCCUCCAGGCUGUCUUGAACAGCUUCAGACACGGGUAUCCUGGUGAACUUUUGGCGCAGCAGUUCGUCAAGUUUGGUCCAACCUACCGAUUCAACGUCCUGUGGGGCUUCGGUAUCUUCACAUGCGACCCAGCUGUCAUCAAGACCGUUCUUGCCACGGAGUUCCAAAAUUACGAGAAAGGGAAACUCUUCCAGGAACAGAUGAGCUCUGUGUUGGGAACUGGUGUCUUCAAUUCCGAUGGGGACAUGUGGAAAUGGCACCGCUCAAUGACGCGUCCCUUCUUCAGCAAAGACCGGAUCAGUCACUUCGAACUCUUUGAUAGACAUGCCGACGUCGCCCUGGAAAAGAUGAGGGAGCGUUUCCGGGCAGGAUACGCCAUUGACUUCCAGGACCUCGUCUCCCGCUUCACCAUGGACUCCGCCACCGAGUUCCUCUUCGGCGCCUGCGUCCACUCCCUCCGGUCCACCCUUCCUUACCCACACAACGUCUCUGCCGCCUCGCCCUCCUCGCCCUUCCCCUCCGCCUCCCUGCCGUCCACAGUCUCCCCCGCGACGGCGGGGGUGGACAAGGCGGAGGCGUUCGCCGCGGCGUUCUCGAAGGCGGAGCACCUCUGCGCGGAGCGCGCGACGAUGGGCGAGAUCUGGCCGUUCGCGGAGAUGCGCAAGGACAAAACGCGCGAACAUAUGCAUGUGGUCGAUGAGUAUCUGCACCCGAUCCUCGAGGAGGCCCUCAGGAAGAAGGCAGAGCGUGAGAGGGAGAAGAAGGCGAUGGGCGGGAAGGCCGUGGAUGCGGAUGAGAUCGAGGAGGGGGAGACGUUGAUAGAUCAUUUGGCGAAGUUCACGAAUGAUCUUACGGUCUUGCAUGAUGAGGUGCUCAAUAUUCUGCUUGCGGGCCGGGACACAACGGCAACAACCUUGACCUUCGCGGUGUAUCUUCUGGCCAUGCAUCCCGACGUUCUCAAGCGCCUGCGCGCAGAGGUACUUGAGAAGGUGGGUCCAAAGCAGCGGCCGACAUACGAAGGCAUCAAGGAGAUGCGCUACUUGCGGGCUGUCAUCAACGAGACUCUUCGUCUGUACCCUGCUGUGCCGUUCAACAUCCGGGUGUCUGUCAACGAGGGCCUUCUCCCGAACCCUAACGGCAAGCCAUUCUACGUCCCUGCCAAAGUCCCCGUAUCAUACUCAGUGUGGGCCAUGCACCGCAGGGAGGAGUACUGGGGCCCCGACGCCCAAGAAUACGAUCCGGACCGCUUCCUAGACGAGCGCGUAAACAGGUACCUCACUCCAAACCCGUUCAUCUUCCUCCCGUUCAACGCCGGACCGCGGAUCUGCCUCGGGCAACAGUUCGCAUAUAACGAGAUGUCCUUCUUCCUGAUCAAGCUCCUGCAAUGCUUUGCGACGAUGGAGCUGGCCCCGGACGCCGCACCGCCGAGCGCGUUGGCUCCGAAGGAGUGGGCGAACGCGCCCGGGCGGAAGGGUAAGGAGAAGUUCUGGCCCAAGUCGCACUUGACGCUUUAUGCGACGGGCGGCAUCUGGGUUAGGAUGACGGAGGCGGAGGAAAAUGAGGUUGACGUGCAAAUGUAAGGAUCCCGAGGAGGGCUUUGGGUGAUUGACGUUUGAUAUGCAUUCAAAUGAAAAUGUAUGUAUGAUUAUUGUACGAUUGAUCGAGUUCGGAUACUGGCAUCUCUGUAUCACCGUUGCUAUCAAUGUAAAGUAUGGUGCUCGACAGGAUAUAUUGUAUGGUAUAGCAUUGCUCGUCGAUCCCGUAAUAAGAUAGUGCCCACCGACUACUACCAGCUACCAGUAAUAUGCCGAACAAAAACAUUCGUCACGGCGGUGGCAGGACAAACCCUGAGUUCGGUGUGGCCGUCCCUAUUUGAUAGUUUGGCCAUGACCGCCGCCGCUCCGUGCUGGCAGUGGCAUUAAACCAUUUGAAGAAGUCCACGA